GCGACGCUUCAGUCUGCGAGCUUGACUCGAUGCUCGUCUGCUGGAGGAAGCUUCUGACGGAAUAAACCGGCCUUCAAGACUUCACACUCUUCUUCAGGUCUUCUUUUGGAGCGCUGCACAAUGCAACGGAGCCAGUAACUCACUCACUGUCCAGAAAGCGACGCUGAUUAAACCGUACUGCCCUGUUACUGUAAAAUGUGGGCGUGAAGAGGAGGACAGUCAUAAGAGCGCGAGGUCUUGGGGUGGAUAACUUCAACUUUAUACAGGGAAACAACUCACUGGAGUAUCGAGGCUCUUCGAGCUGUAGCUAUGGUGAACAGUCAGGUUACAGGCGGCGCGUGCACGUCCAGGUCGUGCGCAGGCUGUGGGGGUCACAUCGCUGACCGUUUCCUGCUCUUCUCCAUGGAGCGCUACUGGCACACGCGCUGCCUCAAGUGCUCGUGCUGUCAGGCUCAGCUGGGAGAGAUCGGGACCACCUGCUACAGCAAAGGAGGCAUGAUCCUCUGCAGAACAGACUACAUCAGGUUGUUUGGGCACACGGGGGCUUGCAGUGCAUGUGGUCAGUCCAUUCCCGCCAGUGAAAUGGUCAUGCGGGCACAGGGCAAUGUCUACCACCUCAAGUGCUUCUCCUGUGCAACGUGCAGAAACCAGUUGGUCCCUGGUGACCGGUUCCAUUAUGUGAACGGAACCCUAUUUUGCGAACACGACCGGCCAGGGGCCUCACUUCUUAAUACUCACCUGCAGAGCAACCCGGUGCUACCGGACCAGAAAGUUUGCUGAAGGACUACUUCUUCCUCUCUCUCUGCUUACCCUCCAGUGUCCUUCUCAUCACAGCUCUUCACUGACAUCCUCCAGGCACUCCUCCUUUAAUGCACUUACGUUUUUACAGCCUAAAUUCUUAGGCUUAAAUGAAAACGUUUCUUUGAGAGGGAGAACGAGUUUGGGCUGAGAGCGAUGGAAACCUUUCUUUAUAUCAGACUUCAUAAAAAACUGGGGUGGAUUGUGGCUUUCUUGCCCCCUGAAAACAGAAGUGACUUCUAUUUUCUUACAGGAUAUCCUGCGUCUCUCACAUCUAACCUCAGAGAGAGGGCUUCAGCUGAAGCAGUUUUGCUGUAAAGUAUAAGUCUAUUAAGCACAGCUCAGACAGAAUCACUUUCAAACUUUUUUUCAAAUGCAUUGAAUAUGAAUGACCAAUUUGAACAUUUGACCUCAUGCAAAACUGUAACAAAUUGCAAAACAUGGAUUUCGCCCACAAAAUUGCACCGAGCAGUAAAUGUGUCUCACUUUAACACCAGAAAAGUGCAUCAAGAAAGUAAAUGAUUUUGAUUUCAUGUUGACUAAUGACAAAAACAGAAUAUCUUCAUACAUCUUCUGGACAUUGUUCAAAGUGUAGAACUGUAAAUAUGUUUUUUAUACCAGUACUCUGUAACGGUUGAAUUAUCUGCUCAACAUGUGGUGUCUAUUUAAGGUGUAAUUAUCCAAUAAAUUGGAAAUCCUACAAUACCCAACUGCCAAAAAUGAA